GUAGUGUCCAUCCUGACGGUGUUCUGCUGACAUCCUGCAGUAGUAGUGUCCAUCCUGACGAUGUUCUGCUGACAUCCUGCAGUAGUAGUGUCCAUCCUGACGGUGUUCUGCUGACAUCCUGCAGUAGUAGUGUCCCCUCCUGACGGUGUUCUGCUGACAUCCUGCAGUAGUAGUGUCCAUCCUGACGGUGUUCUGCUGACAUCCUGCAGUAGUAGUGUCCAUCCUGACGGUGUUCUUCAGCAGUAGAGUACCUCCUUACGGUGUCCUGCUGUCUUCUAGUAGUCCCUGCUGACGGUGUCCUCCAGCUGACAGUAUCCUCCAGCUGACAGUAUCCUCCUGCUGACAGUAUCCUCCUGCUGACAGUAUCCUCCUGCUGAUGGUGUCCUCCUGCUGAUGGUGUCCUGUUGAUGGUGUCCUCCUGCUGAUGGUGUCCUCCCGCUGACAGUAUCCUCCUGCUGACGGUAUCCUCCUGCUGACGGUAUCCUCCUGCUGACGGUAUCCUCCCGCUGACAGUAUCCUCCUGCUGACGGUGUCCUCCUGCUGACGGUAUCCUCCCGCUGACAGUAUCCUCCCGCUGACAGAGAUGCAUACCUUCCUGUCUCGUGUUAACGCCGUCAGCGCCUUCAGUCUGAGUACCCUGGCGGCUCUCACCUUCCUCUGCUUCGCCUCAACUUUCUUCAUUAAUUACAAGGCUCCUGUCACCAUUACUGCCGCUAAUAUUGUUCUGAAAAAUGUACCCGAGUAUGCAGUGUCAAGGGAGAAGAAUGACCUGGGUGCUCUCCGCUUUGACCUGUCUUCAGACUUGACCCCACUUUUCAACUGGAACACCAAGCAGCUGUUCCUCUACCUCACUGCUGAGUAUGAGACGCCUAACAACAAGAUUAACCAGGUGGUGCUGUGGGACAAAAUCAUUAAGCGAGGAGAUGCUUCUGUGAUCAACCUCAAGAAUCAGCACCUCAAGUAUUACUUCUGGGAUGAUGGCAAUGGUCUUUUGGGUCACAAUAAUGUGAGUCUGACACUUUCAUGGAAUAUCAUCCCUAUUGCUGGUACACUUCCUACAUGGAGUGGUACAGGGAGCUACAAGCUGGCCUUCCCAUCAGAGUACACCCUUGGUAGAAGCUAUUAAUUCACAGAAAUGUUAACAAGUAUUCAGAUUCAUGGACUCUGUGAGUCAUGUGGUAUUAAAUGUGGUGUUUCUUGAAUUACUUUUUUGCCAGAACAUUUUUUUUUUUUUUGACUUUCUCUACUGCUUUAACAUUUUAUGUGCAUUUUCCAUUCAUAGGUUUAUAAAAAUUAAAAUCUUACAUCUAUAAUUUGUGUCAUUUCUGUAAUUUAGGAAAAUGAAUACAUCAAGGGAAUUCCCUUGAAAUGAGUAACUAAGAUUUUGUGAAGAUUGUGUUCUGGAGUUAGAGCACUAAGGAGGUCAUUGUGUUGCCCUAUCAUGGGUUAAGUAAAUUAUUUUUUAUCUACUGUUAGUCAUCUCCAUGUUCAUUAUAACACCUAAACACAGCAGAAUUCUGUAUGUGUGUGUGUGUGUGAAAGAUAUUAACAUAUAGGCACAUUUAAUACUUAUAAUUUGAGAUGGUUACUUUAUUUCUUUUAAGAAAAUUAAUAAUUCUUUUGUUUUAGUGAGGAAUGUAACUUUAAAGACAUUUCAGAUGGAAAGUAAACUGUUUUCUUUAUGUAAACUUGUUAACUUGAGAAAAUUGGCAUUGGGAAGAAAUCAAAACAAAAAUUCUCAAUGGAAUUAUUAUUGAAGUAAUAAAAAAUGCACUUUAGGGUUUAUACAGUGAUGUAAAAAAAUUUUUCAUAUGUAUUAAGCCUACUGGGUAUGUAUGUUAAUAAAGUGACUUUUUCA